CUGACCGUAAGUCCGCUGGACAUGGCGUCUUGUUUGCUGGCGGGCGAGCGUCUGGUUCGCGCUUUGAGCCCCGGUGGGGAGCUGGAGCCAGAGCAGCUUCCCCGGAAGCUGCGGGCAGAACUUGAAGCUGCGCUGGGGAAGAAGCACGAGGACGGUGAUCUUCCCAGUGGCUCCGUGCGCCUGGUUUCCUUCCGCCUGAUCCGAGAGCUGCAUCAGUACCUGAGAGAGAGGGGUUCCACACUAUACCUUCAUGAGCUCCUAGAAGGCAGUGAAAUCUACCUCCCAGAGGUUGUGAAGCCUCCCCGGAACCCAGAGCUAGUGGCCCGUUUGGAGAAGAUUAAGAUACAGCUGGCCAAUGAGGAGUAUAAACGGAUCACAUACAAUGUCACCUGUAAGGAUUCAAGGCAUGGUGGGACUCUUAGUGACCUAGGAAAGCAAGUGAGGUCAAUGAAAGCUCUGGUCAUCACCAUCUUCAACUUUAUUGUCACGGUGGCAGCUGCCUUCGUCUGCACUUACCUUGGAAGCCAAUACAUCUUCACAGAAAUGGCCUCACGGGUACUGGCUGCCUUGAUCGUGGCCUCUGUGGUGGGCCUGGCCGAGCUGUAUGUCAUGGUGCGGGCGAUGGAAGGCGAGUUGGGAGAGCUUUAACUGAUGGGUCAUCAUCAAAGUCUGGAGCAGGUUUUGGGAGACUCCAGGCUCCCAGCUGCCAAUCACUGACUCUCAGUCAACUUGUCAGGCCCUUUGUCCACAGCUCUGGUUAGUCAGAGGGCCAAGCCAAGGCCACCUGCUCUUCCUGCCAGAGCCCCAUCCUCUGUCAAUUUUCAGAGGGGCAAUAAAGUAGAGUCAGACAACAACUGAAAAGAACUGGUCUUUCAGUUCCUUCUCCUGACCCCAGUGCCCAUCUGCCUUCUCUAGUCCAUCUGGGCACUGCCAAGGCUGGGUUUUUCUCCUUCAGGAGUAAAUAGAAUCCAGGUUUUCCCAGAAGUAGACCAUACUGCCUUGAACUUCCCCAAGUGCAUAAAUCGAUGGUCACCCUUGCUCCACACAUCCUUGAUGCAGACCUGUAAUUUAGAUCAGUAACCUCCAAAAAAGCAGAAAGGAUUCCUUUUCUUCAGUUUGUGUAAGAAGAGGAACUGAUCACAGGACAUCAAAUAAGAGAAAGGUUGGUACGGGAUGGUGAAAUUGGGAGCUAGGCAGCUACCUUUCUGGCAUCUUCGUUUCGGUCUUCAUCCUCUGCUCGCCUUUAGAUUUUUCUGUAUGCUUCUGCCUGUCUCUACCACUCAUCAGCCCUCCUUAAACGUCCCGCCUUUCCAUCACCCUUUGUUCUGCCUCCAAAAAUGAAACCAGUUUAGAUGGCAAAACAGUAUGUCUGCUUUUAAUUGAAAAAUCUCUUGUGCUUUGUGUGUGUUGGUAGGUAGAGUAUGUCUACUGUGGAUUGUCUCAGCUAAUAAAGGGAGAUGUUCUUUGUGGAUAAAGGACUGUUUCCAGAUUUAACUGUAUAUGUGAAUAUGAAUAAGCAUAUACGUGAAUACGUACACAUAAUAUAUUAUGAAUACGUAUACAUGUCAUAUAUAAGCCCGACGGAGGAUAUUUUAUGUAGGUUCUUAAAAUAUCUGGGUUUGGGGGGGCGCCUGGGUGGCUCAGUCAGUUAAGCGUCUGCCUUCAGCUCAGGUUUGAUCCCAGGGUCCUGGGAUCGAGCCCCACAUCGGGUUCCCUGCUCAGCAGGAAGCCUGAUUCUCCCU